AUCGGCGAAGCGUGAGCGUAGGUUCAGGGCCGUGGGCUUCACCUCUGCUUGCUUCCCUUCUCUAAGCUCUCUCUAUGUCUGUCUCUCUCUGAGAAUCAAUUCUCAGAAAAAAAAUGAAUAGAGGCAUGAAAGCGGCUCUCACGAACUCAAAACUCAACUGCUGCAUUUAUGUGAGGGCUGCCCUCUUUCAUUCUACCCCCGUCUUGGAUCGCAAGAGACGCAACUAUUGGGAACCUAGAUUCAACAACCAUUCAAGAAGGUCCAGAAGGAACCAUGCAAAGCAAACAUUACUGCGCAAUGUCAAUGCUUAUGCAGACUUCUUAUUUCAGAGUUGGCAGAAGGAGUACGAUGAGGAUGAGCCCUCUUCUAGCAAAGGCACCUCAUGGUUUAAAAAGCAAUACUCAGCCAAGGGAUCCAAAAAGAAUGGGGGAGGCAAUCAAGGAGCCUGGAGUUCCGGCAGAAGAGGUUUCCAGUGCUUUGAAGAAGAUAUAGAUGUGGAGACCAUUUUCCGAUCCACGUUUGGUGGAACCAAAUUCUAUUAUUGGUCGUUCAUUGAUGAAGAGAGUUCGCAGUGGAGGAGCUCUUCAAAUCACUCUAACUAUGGUAGGUCCUGGAAUUGGAGACAACAGAAUAAGGAAGAAUAUGAAACUGAGUCUGAGUCCGAGUCUGAAAGGUCUGAGUCAGAUGAAAGGUUGGCCCUCGGAUUGAGUGCUUCUGGCCCUCUAACACUUGAAGAUGUCAAGAAUGCAUACCGAAUCUCUGCGCUGAAAUGGCAUCCAGAUCGUCACCAGGGCUCUUCCAAGGCUGCUGCGGAGGAAAAGUUCAAGCUUUGCAGUGCGGCAUAUCAAUCUUUAUGUGAUAAACUGGCUGUGAACUGAUGAUGUACCAAGCCGGCCUGCUAACUUAGUUUAAGUGCAGAGAUGCUAGUACAUGUAACAUAUCAUUAUAUUUUUAUUGAAGUUUGUAGUUUCUUUCUAGGCAAUUAAGGGACAGGCUUGAAUCCUGGAAGACCAGGUUAAGGUUGGGGGUUUAUCUCUAGGGUACGGAGGAAUGGUAGUUAUAGCUGAAAUUUGUUAUGAAACAGAACAAGGCUGCCGGUGUGGCUUUGAAAGGGUUCAGCCAGUGGAAUAAUUAUCCGACGAUGGCUGUUCACAGGCAGCCCCAGCUUUGCACUGCCGGAAGUAUGUAUGCCUAUUUUUAUUUUUAUUAUUUACUGAGGAUGUAAUAAACAGUAUAUUUUCUUUAUUAA